AUGAAAAUUCAUGCUCAUUCAAGAAAAUUUAGCUUAGCCCAAGUGUCAAUAAAAUCAGAGACCUACUCUCAGCCUGAUCAAGAAAAAAUCAAUAUUCUUAAGUCUCGACUCUAUAAGCGAGGUUUAAGCUUAUCAUCUCUUCCUUCAGUUCCCAAACCAAAAGUUUCAAAAGUGCCACUUCUUCGUCCUUUUGAUCCAUCCUCAGAUGUUGAAUCAGGAAUUUCACGACCAAAUAGCAAAUCUUCUACUUCAAGACCUUUAAGUUCAAGAACAAAUUCUACGUGCUCUACAAGAGCUUUGAGGCCAUCUUCAGCUAUAAAAAAAAAUGAAUUUAGUUCAUCUUUGUUAUCAAGAUCUGCUUCACAGCCUUCAAGACCUAUGACCGCAAAAACAAAUCUUUCUCCCAAACUACCUAUGUCAAGACUAAAUGUCAAUAUUAUUGAAAAAACUAAAGCAAAAAUUUUAAUUGAAAAAUUGACUGGGAGAUCAAAUAAAGAGAAUAAAGCUACUGAAAAUGUGCAUGAAGAAAAAAUUAUCAAAUUUAAUAGUGAAAAUAUAGAAUACAGUGAAAAUGUUGAAGAGAAUAAAUUUGAGGAUUAUAACGAUGACCCCCCUCAAUCUUUAUGUCUACUGCAACAAAAUUUUUCGAAAAAAUCUUCAUGCCUGCUGCAACACAACAUUUUUAUAAAAAAAAUUAAUGCGUUUUUCUCUAGGUGAGUUUUCUCAAAAAAAACCAUAAAACAGAAUUUGUAGGUGUGUCAAUGACCUUUUCAUCGAGAUUUUGGCGGGCUAUGCCAUCGCUCGCCAUUUUAUUAAACUUAUCUAGCUAAAAAGUACGGAAAAAUUUAAGAUGCACGUCGAAAAUUGUUGCAAGAGGAUUAGGAUUAAGAUUAUUACAGACAGGCGCUAGCCAUAUUGAUGACGCAGUUAUUAAAGACCUCCCGUACGGAAGGUUCUACUGCUUUUUGACUCCAGCCCAGAGGAUCUAUCCCUCUUACGAGUGCCCUUCCGGUACCUUCUGUCUCCUCCUUGCCUUGGGAGUUCAGUCUUGAGUGGGCGGCUUAUGGAUUUCUGCGGCCCUGCUACGGGCGAUAGGAGUAGCUUGAUUCCAAGGAUCAGCUCUUGGAGUCUAUCGGGUGUCAAAGUGCCUUUCUUCGGCAGCUACAGGAAAAAGACUGUUCCCCUUCCCCUGUGGCCUGGCUGAAACCCCCAGUUUCUCGUUAGAGGAAUACCCAUGGGUCCUCGAAAUCAAGGACAUUGUUGAGCACCUCCAUUUCCAACCACAGGAAAGCAGCCAAAACCUACACUUUUUGAGCCUGCGUCUGAUUCUCGGCUCGGAGUCCGUCCCAGUUCGCUGUAGCCAUAAGGUCUGGACUGCUGCGCCAAGAGGGCAGGUUGACACGAGUCGCCAUUUUAAUGUAUAUAAUUUAUUGCAAGAGACAUGAAAAUUAUUAUUUUUUUUAUAUAAAAUUUUAUAUUUAAAAAUUGCAUUUUUGUUGCAAUAGACAUGAAGAUUGAGGGGUCAUCGUUAUAAGAAUUAUCCAAACAGGCGGAAAUUUACCUACCGAAUUUUUGUAUUUAAAUCAAAAAAGCCAUAGUCAUAUUUAUGAUUUAGAGGUAGCUUCAGCUGAUAAAAUAAAUGAAAAAUAUUAUACGUUAUCUGCGAGAGGGAUUAAUCUGUUUAAUUAUGGAAAAGCAGUUGAGUUUAUAAAGCUAAAUGAUUGAGUUUUAGAUAGAGAGUCAUUUUUAAAAAUAAAAGAAAUGCCUUUUUUUCGGCAGUUUUUUAUAUGAAAAGUUAUCAAAAGUUGGAAAAGAAUUGUAAACCAUGAGAAUAGAGAGAAAAAAACUAAAAAAUUGGAAGAAAAGUUAUUUAAAGUAGAUGACAACUAUUCAGAUUUAUUAUUAGCACAUAAAUCUUCUUGUUUGGAGCUUGAAAAAUUGAAAUUUAUUGAAAUUCCUGCACAUAUGGAUUUAUUCACUUUAGAAUCUUUUAAGAAUCUUCAAGAAACGAAUCAAUUUGAAGUAAAGACUCAUAUGAAAGAAUUAUCAUGGCGAAUGAGGGAUAGCAUAAUGUCGAAUAUUCAAAAAAUAAUGGAUAGCUUGCGCGAAAAGAUCAUUAUGGAAAUUGCUCAAGAAAAAGUUCACGGUGGCUUUCAACAGCAAGCUCCUAUAGGCCACAAAGCUAUCCCUCUUAGUGAGAUUUAGGCUUGACUCGCAUCUCCUAUUUCUUUUUAACAAAUAUUUUUUGACAAUUUCCAAACUUGUGAAUAAAAAGAAUUUCUUAUGGAAGGUUGUUGUUUAAAUUUCCCAACUUAUUAUAAAUAUUUAUAUGAAAAAAUGGGCUUUCCUGAAAACAUGAGCUAUGGACAGCGAUCUAUGCUAAGAAAGGAAUGCUCAAGAUUCAUUAGAUUUUCAUAUCUAGCUGACUAUAUUACAAGUGAAAGCCUGAAAAAUCUUUAUAUUAGUUCAGUCAAAAUUUUAAUCAAAAAGCUAGAAGAUCAGUUGAAAUGCUUAAAUAAUUCUGAUGCUUCAGAAGACGAUUCUGACUAUAUUCAUAGCCCUUAUAAAAAAACACAUGAAAAUCCAUUAUUUAAAAUUGAGUUUAUAUUAAAUGAUAUUCCAAUUGAACCAAGAUUGAAAGUAGAACUAAAAGAAGACACACAAAUGCACGAUCCUGAUGGCUUUCAUCCAAAUUUGAAUUUAAUUGUAGAGGAUUCUGAAAAUAAAAUUUCAUUUUCACCGUUUCCAGCGACUUUUGUCCCAAAUUUAAAUAGGAUAUGGCUAAAGUUUGUGCCUGGAAAAGAAGCUUUUAUUGACUCAUUUUUGUCAGUAAUUUAUAAUGGUUUGGAGAACUUUAAGGUUAUUCAAAGGUGAAGUCGGCACCCAGAUCUAACUGAUUUCGCUUUAGCGCUUGAAGAGUGAGACGAUAAAGUGGCUGGCUAUUGGCAGCCUGUAAAAAUCUUAGCAUUAGAUUUUACUCCAUGAUUAAUAGAAAGUCCUUUUUAUUAUGAUAUAGAAGGAAAAAUUACGAAAAUAGUUAAUCUUGCCUUUGAAAACAUUGAUACUCUUUUCAAUAAAUUUGAAUAUGCAAUUUUUUCACUUUACAAAAACCGUGAAAUUGACUUUUCUAUUUUUUCUCAUCAAUUUUUCCAACAUCAACUUGAAGCAUUUCAAUCAACUUUUUCUCUCUUCAAUAGUCAACUAUCCAAAAUUGAUAAAACUCCUAAAAGUUUUGAAAAUGGAAUUUUUAGUGUUGAUUGCAAAAAACUUAAAGAAAUUUUGACAGAAAGUUCUCAAGAGCGCAUUAAAAAAACCCAAAAUUUACUUUUAAAUGUGUUUAGGACUGGAAUUAAUAAAGUUCAAAGCUGAGCUAUAAAAUCUGACAAAGCUUUAUCUAGAAAAGUUAACAGCUUAGAUGAUUUUAUUGCACAAAGAGAAGCAUUAAAUGAGAUAAAUUCAGUAAUAAGAAAAAUGAAGACUGAUUUUGAUACCUUUUCAUGCCUAUUACAAAUUGCAAUAAAAAUGAACCUGCAGAUUUCUAUUGAGGAUAGCGAAGAUGUAAUGCAUACUUCUAGUUUGUUAAGAGUUUUAACAUCACAUGCAUAUGUAAUUGAAGACGCAGCAAUAAAAACAAUGAGAAUCUAUAAAAAAGAAAUUAAUGGUUUAGUGCCUGAUAUACUAAAAUAUAUCAGUGAAUCGUUGAUGGAAAUAAGAAGUGAAAAAUAUUUAAAAUAUGAUUCCGAUUUAAAAAAAAUUAUAAAGGAUUUGGAAUCUUUAUAUAAAAAAUACGUAUAUUUGAAAUAUAAAGCUGAGAAUAUUACUAAAUAUCAAAAAAUAUUGGAUUGUAAAAUUACUGAAUUUCCUGAACUGCAAGAGCUAUUAAAAGAAAUUGAAAUACGAAAAAGAGUAUGAGUAGGGUAUAAUGAUUGAAAAAUAGCUUACUCUCAAUGGUUUUUUAUGCCAGUCGAAAGAUUAGAUCUAAGUGAACUUUCAAUCAAACUUGAUGAAUAUAUGAUUUUGAUUAUAGGCAUAUCCCUAAGAUAGCCCGAUAUGGGCUAGGAAUAGAAGCCAAAACUUCCAACUUGGUUCGGCCUAUAUGGAAUGGCCGAAUUAAUUGGAAAGCGACAAAUAAGCCUCCUUCCACUUGUUUCGACCAAUCCAUUUUAGCCUAACCAAGUGGGAAGUUUUGGCCUCUAUCCCUAGCCCAUAUGGGCUAUCUUAGGGAUAUGCCUAUAAAAUUUCAGAGGAAUCUUUGCCUAAAUGUGAAAUCUUGGAAAAAAUGAAAAAAAUGAUCAAAAAUUUCCAAAAUAUUUUUGAUAUUAUCGAAGCAUUUAAAUCACCUAUGCAAAACGAACAUUUAGAAAUGAUAAGCUAUAUUUUGCAAGAAGAUAUCAGGCUGGUAACUGAUUUAAAUAUAGGCAAAAUAAUCAAAAUGAACAUGCUAACUCUCCAUGAGCGAAAACUUGUGCUUUCUCCACAAAAGAGGGUUUUUUCUUUCAUGUUAAAUUUCUUUUCAAAAGAUCCUAAUUUGCAAAAACUGAACGUUAAAAUUUGAAUUAACUUAUAAUUUUUUGAGAAUGCAAGCUAUAUAAUUCUCCACUCUUUCUAACUCCUUUCAUCCCGAUGCUCCCAAGAUUAUCAGGAGGCUAGACUUACCAGCAUUUGCUGAUGGAGACAGCCCUUCAAUUGGCAAAUCCGCCAGAUAAUGCAGAUUUGUUAAUCGAAGGUUUGGCUUUGGUUGUUUCAAGAAAAUUUGAGCUGUUAAGCAGCUGUAAAACUAAAUAUGUUAUAAUCGAAUGGUUGGUUUUGCCAAAAAAAGUUGGCAUCCAAUCGUCUUGAUAGGCAUCGGGACGAUAUAGUCAUAAAGUAGGGAGGAGCUAUAUCUAGGUUUAAGAACUAGAGAGAUUGCAUUAUAAUAAUUAUUACUUACAAAUCACAAUAUUUUAUUCCUAGCUUUCUGAAGGAUUAAUUUUUUUCAAAAAAGAGAAUUUGCUUGCUUACUGAGUGGUUAGGUUAGGCUAUUUAAAGACAGGCGUUAACCAUAUUGGUGAUACAGUUACGAAAGACCUCAAAUAUGGAAGGUUCUACUGCUUUUCGACUCCAGCCCAGAAGGUAUAUCCCCGAAAUCGGGUGCUACUUCCGGUAAUUUCUGCCUUGCCUUAAGGCUUCAGUCUUAAGUGGACGGUUUAUGGAUUUCUGCAGUCAUGCAGCGGGCGCGACUGUAGUAACUUGACUCCAAGGAUCAGCUCCUUGGAGUCUGUCGGGUGCCAAAGUGUCUUCACUCUACAGCUUCAGAAAAAGACUGAUCCACUAUGAGUUCAUCCCAGUUAGCCGUGGCUAUAAGGUCUGGAUAGUAACGCCAAGAGGGUAUGCUAACACGUAUAACCAUUUUAAUGCAUUGCCUGCUGAUGGGGAGUAAGUAAAAAAUCCGAAAUUCAAGCAGUUGCCAGCCAAGCGAUUCAUGAUGCAAAGCUGUAUGAAGAAUAUAAAGCUUUAUCAAAAUAA